GUAUAAUUUAUUGUCAGACGAUGAAAUUCUGGUGAACGUCACAUGUCCUGUUACGUAUAGUUAUUCUAAAUUUCUAACUCUAACUGAUAACCAUACAUUUGGUAGAUCCUUUGCCACACAUCUCGUCCCAACGACCUCUAUCACCUUGAAUCAAAAUUUUUAGUUAACAAAUAUGGCCACAAUUAAAUCCAAAAAUAUACUAUCAAAAGUGAACUUAAUAGCCAGAAGAAACUUUGCAACCACAAAACCUGCCGCUGCGAAAGCAAUGACUGUAAGAGAUGCCCUUAACUCUGCAUUAGAUGAGGAAAUGGAAAGAGACGAAAGGGUUUUUAUUUUAGGUGAAGAGGUAGCACAAUAUGAUGGUGCAUAUAAAGUGACGAGAGGGCUUUGGAAGAAAUACGGGGACAAAAGGGUUAUUGAUACACCAAUCACUGAAAUGGGUUUUACAGGUAUUGCUACUGGGGCGGCAUUCGCUGGUUUGAGGCCAAUUUGUGAAUUUAUGACGUUUAAUUUUGCUAUGCAAGCCAUAGAUCAAAUUGUAAAUUCUGCUGGAAAAACUUUUUACAUGUCUGCAGGAAGAGUUAAUGUACCUAUUGUAUUCAGAGGGCCGAAUGGGGCAGCAGCUGGUGUGGCUGCACAACAUUCUCAGUGUUAUGGUGCUUGGUAUGCCCAUUGCCCAGGAUUGAAGGUAAAGAUAAACCUAUAUAAUUAA